AUUCGGGGUUUGAGUGGUAGAGUAGUGUGAAAGCGAGAGAAGUAUCUGGCCGACUGGCUCUGCGGAGCCAGCGAAGAAGUUGAAGGAUCAAAGCUUUCCCUUUAGUCAAAUCUGGUUGUUGUUUUUAGGGUUUGUUUUCUCUCAUUUCCCCCCUAUUUACCCUUCCAUAUCUAGGUUUAAAAUAAUCAUUCCCUUCCCCUUUUCUCCCUUACUCUCUUUCUUUCUUUCUCCAUUCUCUUCUCUGAGUUUCUCCCUUUGAUGGGAGUAAAAUGAGGAGGUUUUGAGAGAAAAUCGGUGGUUGAUGCAUCUGCAACCAUGUCGACUUCUCCGUCUUUGGCUGGUGUGGAGAAGAAAAAUUGGUGGGUUAGCAACAGAAAGAUUGCAGACAAAUAUGUGAAAGACGCUCGGGCCCUCCUCGCAACUCAGGAGCAAUCGGAGAUAGCUUCCGCCCUCAAUCUCCUGGAUGCUGCCCUUGUUCUCUCUCCGCGGCUGGAGUUGGCUCUCGAGCUCAAAGCUCGAUCCCUCCUCUACCUCCGCCGCUUCAAGGAGGUCGCUGAUAUGCUCCAGGAACACAUUCCCAGCUACAAAAUGGUCACCGAGGAAUCGGACCUCUCCUCCGAUAGUUGUUCCCAGCAGCUCUCAAGAGAACAAGUUAAGCUUCUCCCGUCCGAUAACUCCUCGUCGGAUUCUGGAGAGCGUGACCUUUCGUUCAAAUGCUUCUCUGUUUCGGACCUGAAAAAGAAGGUGAUGUCCAGUCUAUGCAAAAACUGCGAAAAGCAAGGGCAAUGGAGGUACUUGGUUCUGGGUCGAGCCUGCUGUCAUCUUGGGUUAAUGGAAGACGCCAUGGUUCUCCUUCAAACCGGAAAGCGCCUAGCCUCUGCGGCAUUCCGGCGGCAGAGCGUGAGCUGGUCUGACGAUAGCUUCAGCAUUUCUAACGUCGCAAGUUGCGGCAGCUGCAACGCUCCGGCCACACUGCCGCCAACCGAGUCCGAGAGUGUGACACAACUUGUUAGCCACAUCAAGCUCCUCCUCCGACGCCGCACAGCCGCUCUUGCAGCCCUUGAUGCUGGCCUGUACUCGGAGGCCAUCCGUCACUUCUCCAAGAUCCUUGACGGGCGCCGUGGCACCCCACAGGGCUUCCUUGCUGAGUGCUACAUGCACCGGGCGGCAGCCUAUCGAGCUGCGGGUCGAAUUGCUGAGGCCAUCGCCGAUUGCAAUCGCACUUUGGCACUUGAUCCCACUUGCAUUCCCGCCCUUACCACACGGGCCGCCCUAUUCGAGGCCAUCAGAUGCUUCCCCGAUUGCGUUCGUGACUUGGAACACUUGAAGAUCCUCUAUGACUCGAUCCUGCGAGACCGGAAGCUGCCGGGGCCUGCCUGGAAGAGGCAAAAUGUUCGGUACCGUGAUGUCCCCAGCAACCUCCGCGCACUCACUGUGAAGAUGCAGGAGUUGAAGCAGAGGAUUGCUUCAGGGGAGACGGGCAAUGUCGAUUACUAUGGAUUGAUUGGAUUGAGGAGGGGAUGCUCACGAUCUGAAUUGGAGAAGGCAUAUUUGCUGCUCACCUUGCGCCACAGGCCGGAUAGGGCGAUGAAUUUUGUGGAAAGGUGUGAGUUUGUAGAAGAUCGCGAUCUUGAUUCAGUUAAAGAUCAGGCGAGAAUGACAGCGCUUUUGCUGUAUCGGAUGCUGCAGAAGGGUUAUUCGAGCAUAAUGGCUACAAUCCUGGAGGAAGAGGCAGCAGAUAUGCAGAGGCAGAAGGCUGCGGCUGCACUACAAGCAGCAGUAGCAGCAGCUGCUGCACUUCAAGUUACAGCUCCGGAACCAAAAUUAGAAGGGAAAGUGAGCAAGACAAGUGUAGAGAUUGAAGAUAGGAAACAACAGAUAGCUUUGUCAGAUUACAAUAAAGGCAGCAGCUUGGAGCAGCUGCCGGUGCUGGACAAGAAGGGUGCAAAGACAGUAUCAGUUUACCAAGGGGUAUUCUGUCGGGAUCUAGCCAUAGUAGGGAAUUUGCUGUCUCAGGUCGGGUUUAACCGUCCAAUUCCGGUGAAGUAUGAGGCACUCAGCUGCUGAUGAUGGUGUUCGACAAAAAAAAAAUUGUAGGGGGCAUCGAAGGAGGAUGCAUGCAUGUCGUCGCCGGAAGAGUGGAGAUAAUUGAUCCUUUGAUCCAUCUGGUUCUGGUUCUGGUUCUUCAUUUGUUACUUGUACAAACGAAAGAGAGAAAAAGAUUAAGAAAACAAAAAUUCAGCCGGGAAAUUUUGUCGCCUUUACUCGUUAUAGUUGGCUGUUGCUGGCUGCUGCUGCUGCUUCUCCUGAAGGAUAAUGUUCUAAAAUUUUGCAUUUUGCUUUGUUUUUGAAUUCUUUUUCUGUAGAUGUACAGACAGUGUAGUACAGUACCCAACUACCCAUUUUCAACUUUUACAUGUUUGGAUCACAAGUCUACAACUUAUCUCAA